UCUUUCUUCAAUCCACUGAUACAUCUGCACCCUUCUUUUGAGCUUAACGGCUUGCAUAGAGACUCCAUACUCAGGUUCAGUCAAAGGUUCAUCGAUCUUCAAAUUACCACUUAUAUAAACUACCCUGUCAUUUAACUCUGGUCUAAUUGGCUCAUAAACAUUCAGACUAACUGCGUUAUUAUAAGUUUCAUCUAAAGAAUGUGCAUGAUGUACGGCUCUACCCUAAAAAAACAACAAAGAACAAUCCUAAUUGCAAACUAUUUAAGCGGUUAUAUACUUCGUUCCACGUUAGAAGCCAUAAACCGACACCUAGUAAACCUAUUCCGAUUAUGGAUGUUAACCAGGUCUUUUGAAACUCCUCUAUUAACGUUGCCAUUUGAAAAUAUCCCAAAAAUUUGGGCGAAAACGCCUGAAUUUAUAUCGCCAUCGAAACACGCAUGCUCUGUGUAAAGCCUAUCUUGCAGGCGUAAGAUUUGCGCCCUGUGAUAAUCUGAAGGAAAAAUGUAAUUUACGAAGAAACAAAAAUACCCAAAGUGAUAUUUUAAUGAAAAUGAGAGCAUUAGUCGUGACGAUAUGGGUUUUUAUAAAUUUGGUAUUUUUCGGGAUGUGCGGGUAUAUGUAUCUGCUAUGGUCACAGUACUGGGUAUAUCUUGAUAAAGGAGCUGAUUCCACACCAUCUACCUUUGACCAACAAAUUUACUUUUACAACAGAGGCUACAUGCCCAAUUCCCAAAACAAAUCCAAAAUUCACGAGGUAAAAUCACGAACUAAACACUCGACAAAAGAGAACACGAAUGUCACGUUAGUUAAAAACAGUAGACCAAGGUUUCCUAAUUUGCAGACCAAAGAUUUCGAGUUGGACUCAAGAAAAUACUCUUGCUGGAGUAACCAGACUAAAGUUGACUGUGAUAGGAAAACUUUCCAAUUCAAAGAUGAAAUAUUAAAAGAGUUGCGCAGAGUUUUUACGGACGAAAGCAAUAUUCUGCGAAUGGGCCAAGAAAAUCCCUACAAUGUGAGGUUUACUGGAGAUAGAGGUAAUUAUAUGGACAAAUCGUCAAAUGAGUUACUUUGUGAACUGAAAAAAGUAUCAAUACACACCUUAAGAAGAAUUGAUAUAAGAAACCAUCCAUUGAGCAGUUACAUACCCAAAAGAGGGCUAUUUGAAAACAAAAGGUUUAACAGCUGCGCAAUCGUUGCUAGCGCAGGAGGGCUCAAGGGUUCUCAAUUGGGACCCUUUAUAGACUCGCAUGACUUGGUAUUGCGUUUUAACCACGCCCCCACCAUUGGUUUCCACGACGACGUAGGAAACAAGACCACCAUACGCCUCCUCAACUCCCAAGUGGUGACCAAACCGCAAUUUAAGUUUUUGACGUCAAAAUUGUACCAAAAUAUCACGAUAGUGGCAUGGGAUCCCAGCAAUUACACGGCCUCCCUGGACGAUUGGCUGCAAAAGCCGGACUUUAAUUUGUUCCCGAAUUACAUGGAGUUCCGCAAGAGAAACUUGAAGUCCAGGUUGUUCCUAAUGAAUCCGAAAUCUUUGUGGAACGUUUGGGAUUAUAUUCAGAGCAACUCGCCCAGCAGGUUGAGGAGGAACCCGCCUUCCUCAGGGUUUUUAGGAUUAGGCAUUCUGCUGCCUUACUGCAACUUUGUGGACAUUUUCGAGUACGUUCCGUCUACGCGGGUGACCAAAAGAUGUCACUACUACGAUCCUGAGGAGAACGUGGCUUGCACGUUUGGUGUGUGGCAUCCUUUAGCCGCCGAAAAGCUGCUCACCUACCAAAUGAACAUUGCCGACGAUAAGACAGUUUUUCAACAAGGUUUUGUUAGAAUACCUGGGUUUCAAAAUUUAGAAUGUUAAAGUUUUUGAGUGGGUAAAAUUAUUUUGCAAGUGGGCACACUUUUUACAUUGAUAUUUUUGAAAAUCGAAUAAUUUUUACAUGAGAAUCAUUAUUGUUUAGUAUAAUUGAAGGGGUUAAGCACAAAUUUUAAUAAAGAUAAAAAAAAUAUUGUAAUUGCAAUACCAAUGGUAUUGCAAUCACAAUAUUUUAAUUGUAAAAAAAUAAAUAUGAUAUUGCAAUUACAAUAUUUUGUGUACUAUUAUUAAAAAUUAACCCCUUCAAUUACUUAUUGUAUAUUU